AUGAAUGUAUCUAGUGAUAAAACCCAGGAAAAGAUGGAAAAUUCAAGUGAAACCUGCAAUAAGAAGGACGAAUUAAUUGAAGCAUGCGAAACUAACCUUAAAACAAGGGAAUAUUACCAGGAAAAGUAUCAGAAGCUCAAUGAAGAGGAGAUUAAGUUGCACGAUGACGAUGGCAACCCAUUAUUUUUUAAUGGUGUGGAAGUUUCAAAGUUGAGUAAGUCCCAACUUAAAAAAUACAGGAGGAUGUUAAAAUUUGAGGCUGUUAAGAAGGAUAAGCGAGCCAAGGAAAGGCUAAAAACUAAAAAAAGAAAGCAUGAAGCUAAGCUGAACAACCUUGAUUUAGGGCCAACCAGAAAACAAUUGAAAAGGAGUAGAAUGGCCAAUUCAAGUUGUAAAACAAGUGUUGUUCUUGACCUGAGUUUUGAUGGUUUAAUGAUACCAAAAGAUCUUGGAAAAGUAAUCAAGCAAGUUCUUAGAGUCUAUACAGAAAAUAGAAGAUCAUCUACACCUAUGCAACUGCACAUAACUAGUUUUGAAGGCAAGGCAAAAGCAGAGAUGGAGAAACAUAAUGGUUAUCAACACUGGGAUUUGAAUUUUCAUCAAACAUCCUAUUUGGACAUAUUUCCCAGAGAAAAGUUAAUCUACUUGACUAGUGAGAGCGAAAAUAUAAUCACCACUUUGGAGGAGGAUAAGGUCUACAUCAUUGGAGGACUUGUAGAUCACAAUUCACAUAAAGGCAUUUGCUAUAAAAAGGCACUUGAACAAGGAAUUCAACAUGGUCAGCUACCAAUCGGCGAAUACUUCCACAUGAAACAUCGGAAAGUAUUUACAAUCAACCAAGUGUUCGAAAUUUUGUUAAGGGUUAUUGAGGGAAAGAGCUUCAAGGAGGCGUUCGAAUCUACGCUACCAAAGCGCAUUAAUAUUCAACCCAACAAGGUUGAUAAUGAAGUUCAUACGAAUGAUGGUGACGCAAUAGAAGAGUCAGAGAGUGAUAAUGACGAUGCCACAAGUUGACAAAAUAUCUUUGUAAUCACGCAUUCACUCAAACGAAUUAAAGUUCUUAGUUCGCAAUUA